AUGGAUUCUCCGCGGCGCGGCCGCGACUCAUCGGCCGACCGCUCUCCCACUGAUGCGACACGGCCGUCGUUCCCCAACGUCUCAUCCCAGGACGAUGACCAAAGCUUCGAUGGUUUCCAGGCAAUCGACACGAUGCGCCGUCGACCAGAAAGCUCCAUGAACAGCCCGAUUCUUGGGAGUCUUUCCCGUUCCGACAGUAUACCCCCGCAUGCCGAGCUCCCAACAUUACGACUCGGGGCUCCGGGAACCCCGGGGAGUUCGAGACCGCGCCCGCGCAAACCGCCCAUGGCGCGACGCGCCUCCUCCAACGCACAAGCACCGUACCGAGGCGGUGUCUUCUCGGUGGACGAUGGGAUCGCCGAGGUUGAGGCUGACGCCGCCGAGCGCCAGCAGAGUUACACCACCACAGUACGAAGACGAACCGGUGCAGCGCCGCCGCUCUCGAGGAUUCAUUCAAACGCUGGCGUAGAGGAUGAUCAUGAGGCCGGAAGCGGCGUGACAGCCACCGAUCCACGGCCCGACCCCGUCGAUAACGACCCAGCCGAUGACCUCGGGGAAAGCGUAGCGGAGCCAGAUCAUCCCGAUGAUUCGGCGGCCCCCGAAGAUGACGACGGCGACGACGACGACGACGACGACGGGGACAUUAGCGAUGCCGAGAGCUUCACGCUCAAAGACCGGCAACAAGCCAUAAACGAGACCCACCCUUUUGGUAUCCGGCUGUGGAAACCAGCACUGUACAAAAAGAACCGGUCUGUACAAAAGACGGCCGAGGGCGACAUCCAUUCGUCCCCCGGCGGCCGGGUCAGUGCCUGGCUCUUGUUCUUCAACCUUGUCUGGACCUUGGCGUUUGGUUGGUGGAUGGCGCUCAUCGCCUUCGCCGGCGCCCUCGUGUGCUUUCUGUUCGCUGCCACGCCCAGUGGCCGGGGGUAUGGGCGUAUACUGUGGGGCUUGGCUAGCUACCUCUUCUAUCCCUUUGGCAAGUUUGUCCGCCUGGAGCAGCAAGAAGCCUACCUUGACGAAGACCAAGGCGAAGGCCGGAGCAUCAGCGAAUACGAGCAGUGGCAGAGCGGCGACCUCGAGUAUGGACGCCUGUUUUUCGGCCCGGACGGAAACCGCUCCAUCAUCGGCCAGUCCCGCAGGAGCCUCGACUCGGAGCCCGAUGAGACGGAAAGUCUUCUGGGUCGGAAUCGUGGGCAGGUGUUCGACGACGACGAUGUACUGCCGCGGACCAAGCGAAGGCUGUUUGGACGCGGGGAGUGGAACGUCGGUCGUGUCAUCUUCUUUGCUUUUUUCUACUUUCUGAUCACGCCCUCGCUCUUCAUCGUCUCGGCGAUUUGCUGGUUCUUGGUGUUCACGAUCCCGAUGGGCAAGAUCACGAUGCUGCUCUUCUCCCACCUCCGGCGCCAUCCCCUUGCCCUCUCCUUUGAGUCGGACAUUGUGUCAGCCCGCGGGCCUGCGGUCCCCCACUCGUCCAUUCUAGUCUGCACGUACCGCGCCGUCGGUCUCAAGUACUGGAAGUACACCAUUGACGGGACCAACAUCUUUCUCAUCAACCUGAUGGCUAUUGUCGGAUUCGUCAUCUUCGACUGGCUCGUGCUGGACGGGCUGCUGCACGUCGAGAACUUCCUCACGUCCCCCGCCUUCCUGUUCGUCUCGGGCCUUCUGUCCAUCAUCCCGUUGGCUUACUUCAUCGGCCAGGCCGUGGCCUCCAUCUCGGCCCAGUCGUCGAUGGGGUUGGGUGCUGCCAUCAACGCCUUCUUCUCCACCAUUGUCGAGGUGUUUCUGUAUUGCGUUGCUCUUCAGCAGGGCAAAGCUCAGCUCGUGGAAGGCAGCAUUGUGGGGAGCAUCUUUGCCGGCGUUCUCUUCCUGCCCGGAUUGUCCAUGUGCUUUGGUGCUAUCAAGCGCAAGACGCAACGCUUCAACUCCAAAUCGGCCGGCGUGACGUCCACCAUGCUUCUCUUCGCCGUGAUCGGCGCCUUUGGCCCAACGCUGUUCUACCAGAUCUACGGCACCCACGAACUGACGUGCCAGGACUGCAUCAACUUUGACAAGCCUGGGAACAGCGGUGGUGCCCUGCGGGACUGCCGCCGCUGCUAUUUCUCGCAAACGCCUGCUUUGAGCGACCGAUUCUACAUCGAGGCCGUGCGUCCGUACUGUUAUCUCGCUGCGACUAUGCUCUUCAUGUCAUACGUGAUUGGUCUCUGGUUCACUCUCCGCACACAUGCGGCUGUGAUCUGGAACACAGAGGCAGAGGAGAAGAAGCACGACGACCACAUCACUCCCCACCCGACGCCUCGCCCGAUCGGCAACGUUUCGAUUGGUGACGCGAGCGGUGUGGAUAUUCGAGACUCGCACCUGUACAAGCGUAUUCUAGGCCAGUCCCUCCGGCAGGUUGGGCAGUACCCUCGCUCGGAUGAGGACGCGCGGCAGACGACGCCCCUCACAGGAGGGCCUGGUGGUGUCCCCAAUGGCACACCUCAUCUGGUCCCGCCCAAAGCAACUACUAGCUACGGCACGACCGACAUUGCUAGCCAUAGCAUCAGUAUCCCCGGGUUUACCGACGCCGAGAACACUAACCUUGUUCAUCAGGUCGCCGAGAUUGCGGCCACAGCGGCCACCGUUGCUGCUAGGAACGUUCAGGGUGGUUCGCGACGAGGCCCGCCGGGUACGAUCUCGAUGCCGGCACCGCAACUGCCCUCGUCCGCAAACAACACCACGGGCCUGCCGCGCAGUGCCGCUUUGGUCCCUGGCCAAGAGGACCCUUUGGGCCAGGCCGGGGCCACCCAAGCGGCAGGUGGGCAUGGGGGCCACGACGCGCCCAACUGGAGCCGACUCAAGAGCUCCAUCAUUUUGAUGGGCGCCACGGUGCUCUACGCCAUCAUUGCCGAGAUCCUCGUUGACACCGUCGACGUGGUGCUGGAGAGCUUUGACAUUGACGAAAAGUUCCUGGGCAUCACCCUUUUCGCCUUGGUGCCCAACACCACCGAGUUUCUCAACGCCAUUUCCUUCGCCAUGAACGGCAACAUUGCGCUCUCGAUGGAAAUUGGCUCUGCAUACGCCCUGCAGGUCUGCUUGCUGCAGGUACCCGCGCUCGUCCUGUUCUCGGCCGUCCACACGCUCAAGGUGCCGGCCGAAGAAGCGGCGCGGUACACGUUCAGCCUGCUCUUCCCGCAGUGGGAUAUGGUGACCGUCAUCCUGUGCGUUUUCCUCCUCAGCUACAUGUACGGCGAGGGCAAGAGCAACUACUUCAAGGGCAGCAUCCUGCUGCUGAGCUAUCUCGUUGUCAUUGCCGGCUUUUAUCUGAGCGGUUAUGGAGCUGACGCCAUGGAUGACCCUUCCAAUGGCGCGAGUCGCUUUGACACGCUGCAGAGUGAUGGCCAAUGGAUGAGUUACGGCUUCAAAACGGUUGGGAGGGGGACGUCAGGGGUUGCUUUUUGA